GUUUGGGCGUUUGCCUUCGACUCUCCAGAGGCCUCUCCACGCAAUCGGCGCAUGUCCUAUGGAGCCGAGGUUCUGAAGCAUCGCCAAGAUGAGCUCUGCGCCUCAGCGCAGACAACACUGGAGGGUCUUUUUUGGGACUGGCCUCUUUCGCGCUCCGAGCGGAAGCAGCGUCUCUUGCUGGCGGAGAGCCGCCUCCAGGCGCUCGAAGGCCAGGAGCUCCUGCAAGAAAUUGUGCAGGAGAAUGCAGUGGAGCGGCGAGAGCUAUCCGAGGUGACGCAGGUACUGAAGGAGCAGAUUGCCAAGCUGCGUGGGAAAGGCCAGGCUACCUUUGGCCAAGCCGCCAUUCGAGGAGGUGGCUGA